GGAUCGCUUUAAGAAAAUGGCAGACAAGCCGGACAUGGGGGAAAUCGCCGGCUUCGAUAAGGCCAAGCUGAAGAAAACGGAGACGCAGGAGAACACCCUGCUGACCAAAGAGACCACUGAGCAGGAGAAGCGGAGUGAAAUUUCCUAAGAUCCUAGAGGAUUCCCCACCCCCGUCAUCUUCAAGACACCCCAGUCGUGAUGUGG